AUGGCCCAAUACCAGGCUCAGCAGGGACGCAACUACCCUCCAGGGCCCAACGGCCAGUUCGCCUCCACGUCGGCCACCACGCGAGAUGAGGCUUUCUCCAACAUCUUCGGCGGCGCCCCGCCCCCAGGCCGAAGUCAUACAAUGACAGGCAUGACCCCGCAGAUACCAUCAGACCGCGCAGCGACCAUGAGCACGGCCACUGCGCAAAGCUUUCAGCAGAGACCACCACCGAUACGGCCUGGAGCGCAACCAAAUGGAGGGUAUCCGCAGGCCUCUCAGUCUGCGCCAAACGGGCCUGCGCCGCCAGGGUAUAUGAACGGUGCACAAAACUCGCCUCAGAGACGGCCACUACCACCCCAGAAUCUACCGCAGCCCAUCAGACCGGACAGAAAUCCGUAUGGACAACCGCAAAGGCUAGACCUUAGGGGCUCGCCAGGGCCCGGACAGUAUCAGCGAUCUGUCACUCAACGGCCCUAUGCGCCUAGUGGACCGCCCAACGGACCUGCGAUGAAUACUGAUAGCUACAGGACGCAGUCGUUGGCUUCCAAUCCGCGACCCAUGUACCAGCCGCCAGGCGGUCAAUAUGGUAUUGCACCAGCGAACGCCUUCCGACAACAGCCGUACGUAAACCAUCUGGCUCGGACAACGGCGCAAGGGCGAGUUGUUCCAGAGCGCACUGGCGAUGAGCGAACCAUGUCCAUGUCGUCAUAUACGCGUGACACUGAUUUCACGCAAACUCAGAGUGGCAGAGUAAUCCCGAAUCGCAGACGAGAGUCAGGAGAGACUAGUGGAACCGACUCGACACUUACGAACGGCUACCAUCCAGACCGUGUCCCGAAUGGGCUACAGGUCAAUGGGCGCGUGCCAAGCAGUAGCAGCCAGAACUCCCGCACCAUGUCAAUGGCCUCUACGACUGUGACGCCCACUGAGCAGCCUUCUCCACGACCUUCAGCAACACCUUCUGUUCCCGCGACUAUCCGCUCGAAUUCGCAAACUACGCAAGCGAGCACAAUGGUGGCGCAGAAGCGGCCUUCUUUGGUCUACGGCGCACUGCUCUCCAAGGUUGCGGAGGCAUUUCGCGAGCGCAUAGCAGUAGCGGAGAAAGAGAAAGACGGGCUGGUGUACAAGAACGCGUUCAGUGGGUACGAAGCCGUGGAGCUCAUCGCGUAUAUCAUCCGGACAUCGGAUCGUAACCUCGCCUUGCUGCUUGGCCGAAGUCUGGACGCUCAGAAGUUCUUCCACGAUGUGGAAUAUACGCACCGGUUGCGCGACAGUCCGAACGAGAUAUACCAGUUCAAGGAGACGCUGAACGAAGAGGCACCGGACGUGAAUGGCGUCUUCACCCUGCUUACAGAGUGCUACAGCCCAACGUGCAAUCGGGACAACUUGUGCUACUCCAUCGCUUGUCCUCGCAGGCUGGAGCAGCAGCAACGGCUCAACAUGAAGGUGACGCCAGGCUUGAGGCGAGAGACGAGCCGCGCCAGUUUGCAUGACGAGCCUGACAAUGAGCAAAAGCUGUGGAUCAACACUGUUUCCAAGGAGGUCUCGGACUCAGUUUCCGACCGUGAGAAGAAGCGGCAGGAAGUCAUCUCCGAGAUCAUGUACACGGAGCGUGAUUUCGUCAAAGACCUUGAGUACUUGCGCGACUUCUGGAUUAAGCCGCUACGGACGGCCGACAUCAGCCCCAUACCGGAGCAUCGCAGGGAGAAGUUCAUUCGAACCGUUUUCUCGAACUGCCAGGAGGUCCACAGUGUCAAUGCACGAAUGGCUUCCGCCUUGACGAGACGACAGCAGCAGAGUCCCGUCGUGUAUAACGUUGGCGACAUCUUCCUCGACUUUGUAGGCCAGUUCAAUCCCUUCGUCAAGUACGGCGCGAACCAGCUGUUCGGCAAGUUCGAGUUUGAGAAGGAGAAGAGCUCCAACCCGGCUUUUGCACGCUUUGUGGAGGAGACGGAACGGCUGAAAGAGAGUCGGAAACUGGAGCUCAACGGGUACUUGACCAAGCCAACGACGAGAUUAGCGAGGUAUCCACUACUGCUGGACAACGUGCUCAAGUACACUAGUGACGACAACCCAGACAGAGAGGCCCUACCUCGCGCUAUCGCCGCGGUCAAGGAGACCCUGACCAGAGUGAACGAGGAAAGCGGGAAAGCGGAGAAUCACUACAACCUCAUGAGCCUUAAUGCGCAGCUGAAGUGGGGCACGAUACCGCAUAUGGAUCUGAAGCUUACCGAGGAGACGAGGCAGCUGAUCUUCAAGAGCAACUUGAAGAAGGCUCCAACGAGUGAGGCGGCAGAUGUGACGGCGUAUCUGUUCGACCAUGCUGUGCUGCUGGUAAGAGUCAAGAUGGUGAACAAGCGGGAUGAGAUGAAGGUCUACCGCAAGCCCAUUCCGCUCGAGCUACUGCAGAUCAAGGAGAUGGACGCGGUGCUACCUCGCGUUGGGCUAUUGGCCCGGCCCUCGAGCUCGAUGAUCCCGGGUGUGGGACGCGCAGUGCCCACGCGACAAGGCACGACCGACCAAACAGGCUGGCCCAUCACAUUCAAAGGGCUGGGGAAAGGUGGAUAUGAGCUCACGCUGUACUGCGUCAGCCAGAUCCAGCGGGAGAAGUGGAUGGAGCACAUCCAAUCGCAGAAGGAGAAGUUGAGCGAGCGGCACAGCAUCUUCACCUUGACGAAGCUGUGCGAAGCUUUCUCCACGGCAACGGGCAGGAUCAAUUGCUGUCGACCCAUUGACGGCGGUAGAAAGCUGGUCAUCGGCACGGACAAUGGUGUAUACGUCGUGGAUCGUAAGCCCAAGGAUGCCAGUUCCAGGCCGAAGAAGAUGCUCGAGAUCAAGUUCGUCAGCCAAAUUGAAGUCUUGGAACAGCAUCAGAUCCUCAUCGUCCUCGCGGACAAGGCCGUCUUCACCUUCCCGCUAGAAGCGCUCGAUCCAGAAGAAAGCCCGGCUUCUCCAUCCAAACGCGGCAAGCGCAUCUGCCACGCCAACUACAUCAAUGCCGGCAUGUGCAACGGGCAAACACUCGUAUGCUGCGUCAAGAGCAGCUCGCUGAGCAGCACUGUCAAAGUCUUCGAGCCCAUGGACGGCAUGACCAAAGGCAAAAAGAAGACCGGUUUAGCGAAGAUGUUGGCCAGUGGGCAGGACGUGCUGAAGCCGUACAAGGAAUUCUACAUCCCCAUGGAAAGCAACAGCAUUCACUUCCUGCGCAGCAAACUCUGUGUCGGCGGCGCGAGGGGCUUCGAGAUUGUGUCGCUCGAGACGCUGGAAACGCAAUCGUUACUCGACCAAGCCGAUACAUCCCUCGACUUCGUGGCGCGGAGGGAGAACGUCAAGCCCAUCUACAUCGAGCCCAACACCUCGAACUUCUUGCUCUGUUACAACGACUUCAGUUUCUACGUCAACAAGAACGGGUGGCGGGCGAGAGGGGAUUGGAAGAUCAUUUGGGAGGGCAGCCCGAACGCGUUUGCGACGUGGGGGGAGAAGUACAUCCUGGCUUUUGAGCCGGAGUUUAUCGAGAUUCGGCAGAGCGAUACCGGGGGGUUGGUGUGCAUACAGACGCAUCGGAAUAUUCGGUUCUUGCAUCAGAGUACGAGAGAGAUACUCUUUGCGUACGAAGACGAGACGGGCGAGGAUGUCAUUGCUUCUAUGGAUUUCUGGGGACGGAGCUGA